CAUUGUUCUUGUGCUAUCUCAGAGGCGGGUUUGGUUCUUAAUCCCCCUCUUUUUUCUAAGAAAAAAAAUAGUUUUUCUAGGGUUUCGUAUUUUCAGUGUCGAAUCAAAUGGCUUCUGGAGAUGUUGAAUACAGAUGUUUCGUUGGUGGUUUAGCUUGGGCUACUGAUGACCAAGGUCUCGAGAAAGCUUUCAGUACUUUUGGAGAAAUCCUCGAAUCAAAGAUCAUUAAUGAUCGUGAGACUGGAAGAUCAAGAGGGUUUGGAUUCGUCACCUUCGCCAACGAGCAAGUUAUGAAGGAUGCUAUCGAAGGGAUGAAUGGACAGGAACUUGAUGGAAGGACCAUCACUGUCAACGAAGCUCAAUCCAGAAGCGGAGGAGGCGGCGGCGGUGGAUACGGCGGCGUUCGCGGAGGCGAUUAUGGAGGUCGUCGUGAAGGCGGCGGCGGUGGGUACGGUGGUGGUGGUUAUGGUGAUCGCCGUGAAGGAGGUGGCGGUGGGUAUGGUGGUCGCCGUGAACGUGGUGGUGGAUAUGGUGGCGGUGGUUACUCCAGAGGUGGUGGUGAUUCUGAUGGAAACUGGAGAAACUAGAGUUUGAUGAUAAUGGUGGGGUCUUAAGUCAUAUGUUCUUGUUCCUAUAGUUUGGUGCUGGCAUCUAUUUCUCACUAAUUAGAUCUUUUGUUUUUGAUAUCUGGUUCUGUUUAGGUCUUUAGGGUUUUGUUUUUUAAAGUUGAUGGAACCCCUCCAUACUAGUAUGAUGAAUUCAAUGAAUGACAAUCGAAAACUAUUUAUCGUUCUUGUUCUUA